CUCCCCGUGCCCCAGUCGACCGGCCGCCGUCGCUCAGUCUGCACCGUGCUGCUCUGUGGAAGCUGCUUAAACGGACCAUCAUCACUUCUUUUCUUCUCGCGGAGGUUGAAUGAGAUGAGCGUUCUCCCUCCCUCCCCCUCUGGGUGGAUACGCGUCGUUGUUGAAGGUGACUUUGCUGGCGGGGAGCUGAACACGUUCAGCAGCCCUGAGUAAACGGACGGCCUCUCGGCUCCAGCGGGGUGAAGCUCUGUAAAACCAUUCCAUCAUCAGGACCAACACACACACACACACACACACACACACACACAUUGAUGUCCAGCCUCUCCUUACUACAGCAGACCUGCAGACCUCUAAUCUCUAAAAGAUUGAUGAGGUGCUGUUAAAGCGCAGGAGGCCUGGCGCAGCGUCGAUAAGGCAGCUUCAAUUUCACCACAUUGGUCCCCUCGCUCCCUCCUUUCUUCUCCUCUCCUCCUCCAUGCUGAGGGAUGCCGGAUCUGGCUUUAAAGCGUGAGAGAGGAUUAUGACACGCCAAGAGGAAGGCGGCGUUUUAAGAAAGACGAAUCAUGAAAUGCAACAGAAUCGACAGCUCUGUUUUCUUCCAUUGCUCCAUGUCGGACAGCCGCGUGGUAGCCGAGCAGGAUGCCAGGGUCGGCACGUCACUGUCAAACUGCUGGAGCUGGAAUAAAGUCAAACUACAGAGGGACAGCCAGAGCUGAGAGUUGCUAAACAUCGCACAUCUGCACACACGCACACACACACAAAAAAAACAGAAAAAACACUCGGAGCGGUCCACGCAGAACAAUGUGCAACAUCUCGUUCUGUGAUGUGGACAGUAAGGUGGACCAGUUUUUCCAGCCAACGCUCUACAUCAUCGUCAUCGUUCUGGGUCUGCCCACCAACUGCAUGGCCCUGUGGGCGGCCUACAGGCAGGUACGUCAACGCAAUGAGCUCGGCAUCUACCUGAUUAACCUGUCAGUGGCUGACCUCCUCUACAUCACCACUCUCCCUCUGUGGAUCGACUACUUCCUGCAGCACGAUGACUGGAUCCACGGUCAGGAGAGCUGCAAGCUGUUCGGCUUCAUCUUCUACACUAACAUCUACGUCAGCAUCGCCUUCCUCUGCUGUAUAUCGCUGGACAGGUACCUGGCCGUGGCGUAUCCCCUGCGCUUCGCCAAGGUGCGACGAAUCAAAACAGCUGUCCUGGUCAGCGCCAUGGUGUGGAUAAUUGAGAUCAUAGCCAACUCUGCGCCCCUCUUCCAUGAUGAGCUCUUCCAGGAUCGCUUCAACCACACCUUCUGCUUUGAGAAGUACCCCAUGCAGGACUGGGUGGCAGGGAUGAACCUCUACAGGACAUUUCUGGGCUUCCUGGCGCCAUGGACAGCCAUGCUCGUGGCCUACCGUGGGAUCUUGGUGGCGGUGCGCUGCAACGUCUCGACAGAGCGCCAGGAAAAGGCCAAAAUCCAGCGCCUGGCACUAAGCCUCAUCUUGAUCGUCUUGCUGUGCUUCGGGCCGUACCACAUCCUCCUCCUGGUGCGGAGUGUCAUGUUUCUAAGGAAGCCGUGCGACUGUGGCUCAGAGGAGAACUUGUUUGCAGCGUACCACGUGUCGCUGGCUCUGACGAGCCUCAACUGCGUCGCCGACCCCAUCUUGUACUGUUUCGUCAACGAGGGGGCGAGGCAUGACGUGGGCCAAGCCCUCUCGGCUUUGCUUUCAGCAGCUUGCAAGAGGGUCUCCUCUUCCUCACCGUCGCACGGCGACUUGCUCAACGCCGGCUCAGUGACUGUGGAUACGCCGCUGUCCACAAAGAAGCAGUCUUGUGUGUACGCCGAUGGAGCCAAGACGAGCAGCUACAAGACAGAACUGGUGGCUCUGAAGGAGGAAUGUCUGCAGAUGACCAUCCUCGGUGUUAGGAAGUGACUUCAACCUGAAACCAGCAACACAGGUUGUCUGUCGCCACGUUAGAAGACCCAGUGAGAUUUGUUGUUGGGCGAUUUACUCGGCUGUCCCUCGAGGACAACAGGUCAUGUUGUAAACCUAAAGGGAAUAUCCGUUCUACAGCUUGGUUCUUUGUUGCAAAUUUAAUGUUAGGUUCAAGACUUAAACAAACCAAGCUUUAGUUUGUCAGCCUGUCAUCUGCACCGCAUGCUAACAUUAGCACGUCGAUAUGCUGUAUUGUCAUCAAUCCCAGUGUGCAACUGAAGCUGACAAAGAGUGGGGGGGUUAGCCUUAGAGGUGUCCUCAGGGAGUGUUGGACCAGAGGAAAGUUUGAGAUGCCUGUAGCGCUAUGAAGGUUAGGGGAUUGCCAAAGUCCUCAGGAUCAAUAAAUGUCUCCAUCAAAUGUUCUCCAAAUCCGCCCAGUUGAGGUUCUCAAUCUUAGUGUAGAUCAAAAGACCAGCUUUAGUCCCUACAGUGAGGCUAAAGGAUCGUAUUGAACACCACUUGCACAACUAACCACUGUGUCAGGAAUGAUUCACAAUGCCCGUGAAGACGUUCUUUAAUACUGAAUUGGAAUUAUCUAAAUAAUCCACAUUCUGCAUAUUCCGAGUAUUGUUGGUGGUCUGAGAGGAGACACACUUUCAGUAGAAACCACAUGGAGACUGAACUGGACAAAUUGCGGAAGUAAACGUUUUUGACACACAAAUGUAGGACAUGAUUUUUUUGGAAGAACAGCAGAAGGGUUUAAAAAAAAAGAGAUUACUGGUCGGUAAAAUUUAGUGAAGCCUUAUGAAGUACCUCAGCUUCUAAACUGUGACAGCAAGAAGUCUUAUAGUAGAAGUGUUUCUUACGUUAUGUGAGCUUAUGUUCUUUCCAUUUAAAAUUAAUCAGAACUCUAAGCUUUAAUUUAUCUUGAUUUGAAAGUCAAAUAUAUCAGUUAUUGCUGCCACAUUUUGUUGGCACCUUGGAGCGGAAAAACAGCCUUAACUGAAACUGUGUUGCCUGAAAACCAUCCUUCAAUCUCCUUCAACCUAAACGACAUGCUUGGGCAUUGCCCACGGUCGACCUGAUACUGUUUACAUUCCUUUAACUUGUAACUUCCAAAACUUCCUGAUCAACUUACAGUCGAAUGUCUUUAAUUUUUAAUGUCUGUAAUUUUCCCUGAUUUAUUUCUCAUCACUCAACUUGCACAACAAGUUCUGUGUUUAAGACGAAUUUCUCUGUAUGGCAAAAGUGAGAUGAGGAAAUGAAAAGUACUUGGUUAUCCACAUAAAAUCACCUAGGGAGAACAAAAAAGUGUGUAUGUCUUUUGUUGUAGAUAAAGCUGAUUAAUAUUGAUAUAAAUAUGACAAUUUUGAUCCAACCACAAGCUACAAUAUAUUUUGUGUAAGUGAGGGGCGUCAGGGCCUGAAAAAAAAAAUCUUGAAAGAAUUUUCAUCCGCUGCACAUAUUUACCAUCAACCGACAUGAAACUGACCUUUGUUGGAAGCUUGUUUGAACAUAGGGACCAAACCUUUUCUUUUUUUGUCACUCAACGAUUCCCAGUGUCCUAGUGGCCGCUUCUACGAGUGAGCGUUGAUACAGUGUCAUUGCACUCUGGACACUGGACACUUUAGUUCAGGUGCUCUUCAGUUCCAAUUCUCUCCAUUCUUUUUCAUGUUGCAGUUUUUGCCCUAAACCUCAAUUCUGAAUGGUUAGAAAUGUUGUGGAAAGUGACUACGUGAUCCCUGCAACACCUCUUUCUUUAGUGUUGUCUUGGCAUGAAAGCACUCCUGUACUCAGCGCAAUGAUGUUAAGGCGGCUGGAUUUUCUGUAGACUUUUGUUUGUCGACGUUGCCAUGUAUCGUUGCUUUGGAUGUGCAUUUGCAUGUCAGUCUGAAAGGAGGCACCAGGCCUUAACAUUUGUAUUUGUGCAUCAGUGAGAAAUAAAUUAUGCAUACCAAU